CUACUUGGCCAAUCAAUCCCUAGUUUGUCCAUGACGAAUUCAUGUUGCUGCCCUUAUCCAUAAACGGGCCGCCCCACAUGAGGCACGUGCGAAAGACUAGACUGCACGCGGUAUCAGUUGUUUCAACACCCGCCAACAAGCUGUACAGAUAUAAAGAGAAGUCAGCACACAGCAUGAGGAAGUGUGUGAGCAUGCCAUAAGAGUUACAUUGAUCAAUCCUUUAAUCUUAUUAAACAGAGUAUCUAAUUCCCAUACUGUCUUUGGACUGAUUCUAGAGCGAUAGUCCAUUACUUACAUCUAGUGACUUUGGCUUUUUCAACACUAUCACUCAGCUGGGACAGCUAUCAAUAUCAUGUUCAUCUCUGGCAGUUAUAUGUUGUAUCAUUCAGCUCCAGCAUAUUCGUCUCUUCUGCCGACCACUCUCGCAGGACCCUACGGCUGGCCCUGCUACGGAGGAACAGGGACAGACAUUGCUGUCGACGGGGAUAAAAAAACAACGCAGUCUUACAGCGGAAUCUCGGCUGUGGGAGAUCGACAAGCUUCCCGGACUACAGUUCCCACAGUCCCAGUCCCGCGAAAAGCCACCUGUGUCGUCCUGUCACGUACUUCGACUCCAUCCUCCCCUCAACCGGUGUCUCCUUCAGUGUCAAGUCGUGACCUUAAAUUUGGCGUAGACAGGAUUCUGGCAGAUGAUUCAAGUUUGAAAGAAGAAAAAGGCUCAUCCCCUAUCACCAAGUCUUCACCGUGUGACCUGUGUAUUCGUACUGCUCCAUCAUCGCUGGCAAGAUAUUGUACUUUCCCCACAUGCCAGGGAGAUAGCCGAGAGUGUGACGGCAUCUUUCACAUGCCCACCGGCGGCGUUCCGACUUACCCCGUACCCUACAUCACCACUCUGCCAGGCUACACACUGUAUUCUCAAGGCAGAGCGCUGACCUCACAUAUAGAUUCAUCCACGCACUCAUCUGUUUUAAACAGUCAAAUAUCCUCAGGAAAGAGAAAACGCUCAUGGUCGAGAGCUGUGUUUUCAAAUCUCCAACGAAAAGGUUUGGAAAAGCGUUUCAUCAUUCAAAAAUACAUCACCAAGCCUGAUCGAAGACAGCUCGCCGCCACAUUAGGCCUAACAGAUGCUCAGGUCAAGGUUUGGUUCCAAAAUCGGCGAAUGAAAUGGAGACAUUCUAAAGAAGGUCGGGAAGAACUUGCUAGAUUAAACCAAAACGGAGGCAUUAAUGGCACUAGUAGCGCCAAAUCCAUGGAGCGGCCAGAGAAAGAAGUAGUGUCAAAAACGAUGGUCGACUCUGAGAGCAGUUCUGAAGAAGAAGAUGCGGAAUCCUGUAAUACGGAAAACCUGUCAAGGGAUAACAAAACAAAAUCUGAAAAUGUGACUGGGUGGGUUUCAAGUGCAGGAUCAAGUUAAAUGUUUAAGCAAAUCAAUUAAUUACUUAGAUACUUCUAGGAAAGAAUCUCAGCAAUUACGCAAUUGAAACUGAGUUAGCGAUAUUUAAUGUUUCUUCCUAAGGGCGUCUAACAACUGGGAGGACAAAAGCAGUGCUUGUCCAACCUGAUCUCUAUCAACCAAAUGUAAAUAAGGUUACACGUUUCGUAAAGUUUUACUAACACUGCCUCCAGCCCGAACAAAUGAUCUAUAAUGAAAGAAAUAUCUGUACUAUGCAUGCGUUACAAGCACCACCUACCAAUAAUCAUAUACCCUUAGCAACCGGAUUGUAAGCAGAAUCCGCACGUCUUAGACUAUAGCCAUUUAUAUUAAUGUGAUACUAUGCAUGCGUUACAAGCACCACCUACCAAUAAUCAUAUACCCUUAGCAACCGGAUUGUAAGCAGAAUCCGCACGUCUUAGACUAUAGCCAUUUAUAUUAAUGUGAUUUUUCCUAUUAUUUGCUUGGAUUUUUUUUGUGUUUAAUAAAGAAGCUAUCAUACGUGUUGACUGAUAAUACGUGUUCUGCUUAAUGUAAACUUUAACAUUCUACAAAGUAUUCACUGAAUCGAUAGUAACUGUUAAGUUUCAGAGUUCGGAAAAUAAAACUACUUCUCCAAAAAUGU